AUGAAGCUGGUCCCUCGCCCCAUCGGCCGCGGUCUGAAGUGCAACAAAAGACACCUGCCGCUGUUCUACAUCCUCGGCUUGAAUAACUGCAAGGCGAGCUUCUUCCACUCCAGAUGGUUCACGCGCAUCCGGGCUAUCAAGAGAUGCCUCGAACAGGUCAUGUCGCGUCGCACCCUUGCCAACAUGACAGGGAAGAGGCCUACGUUGCAAAGCAGGUUUGGGAAGGGCAGUUUUCAGAGUUGCUGGGCAGCAGAGCCCACGAGAUCUGAUCCCUUGAAGGGGAUUCGUCUCUUCCGCUCUAAGAUGGCUUUGCUUGCUAUCGUCGCCCUUCUCGCCAGUGCGGGCGUGGCUCCUGGGGAUGCGUUCACGCCGCCCAGCGUACUCAUGGAGCGUGUGACUUUCCUGAGUGGAAAGAUCGGCGUCUUUGUGCAAGUGGGCACUGGUGAAGUCUGGCCGGACAUGGAGCAGUGUCUCUCGAAUGUGUUUGCGGCCUCGAAUGAUCGUAUUGGGGUGCACAUCGAUUACGUGGAGGCCUCGGCACCUUCGCAGGCAGUGAUGCAUCAACUCUCCGGCUACAUGAGGGGAAAGCACGGCUACGUGAACCUGGUCCUGACCAAGUCGGCAUCGAAGGGCAUGGACAUGGGACACUUCGUGUCGCAGUUGCACUACGCGCAGAACAAGGGACUCCACUACGACUUCCUCCUGAAGAUCCACACGGACAGCAUGCCGGAGAUUCGCAACUUAGCGCUGCAGGCGCUCUGUGGCACCAAAUUCCAAGUCCGGAGCGUGCUGCACAACUUCAAUGCACAUGGCCACCUCAACCUUCUCGCACCGGUGGGAACGACAAUGACGCGACGUACGAAGGUAUCUAACUUGGCACCGGUGCUAGGUGAUCGGCUCUUCGGCGGCCAUGCCGAGGUUGGGGGCUCCUUCCUGUACUCCACCAAGCAGGCCACGAAGCAGUUUCUCGGCGACAUGGAAUCAGAGAUCAAGAUCUCGGAAGACCAGCUGACAUCCAUUGGUGGCAACAUGUACUGGGCCCGUUUCAGCGCCGUCCCGUUCGGCAGUCUGGCAAAGGCCCUGCCUUCUAUCUGGCCGAAGCUCGAGGGGGUUGAGGUAGAGCUUGGCAACUUUGCCGUCUCCGCUUUGCGGGGUGCUGGCGGCUACGUCGGAGAGCUGCCCAUGGCACCCAAGGUCAUGGCCAUCUACUUCCCGCAGUACCACCAAUUUCCGGAGAAUGACGAGUUCCACGGCGAGGGCUUUACGGAGUGGACGCAUCUGAAGCCGUUUGUGGACGAAAGCAACGAGUUACGCAAGCCGCUCUCCUCGGAAAAGGGUGGCCUGGACUACUACGACCUCACGCAGCGCGACGUUCGUAAGCGCCAGGCCGAGCUUGCCGACCAGUACGGCGUCUAUGGCUUCAUGAUCUACCACUACUGGUUCAAUGGUCAGAACGUCAAGAACUCCAGUGUCAUGUGGAAGAUUCCCCACUUGAUGCUGCAAGACGGCCAGCCUGACAAGCCCUUCUUCUUCUCCUGGGCCAACAGGCGUUGGGAACGUGGCUAUGGCGAGCACGCCACCGGAGAGGUUUUGAUCGAACAGGACUAUGCCAAUGAGACGGGCUGGACGGAGCACUUCAACUACCUCCUGCCCUACUUCCAGCAUCGGAACUAUAAGAAGAUCAACAACAAGCCGGUCUUUGCAAUCUACUUCCCUCAGGAGAUCGGAGAAAAGCUUGCACCGAUGAUGAACAACUGGCACCUGCUCGCCAAGCAGAAUGGCUUUGGCGGCAUCUACUUCCUGCGCACCGUCAGCGGUGCAGGCGGGCCGAGCUUCAUGCCAAGUCUCUUUGACGCCUCCUUCCAUUUCAUGGCUGUCUGCGAGCGUUGCGGUCGUCCCGCCUCCGGGGAAGACAAGGAUUUCAUCACCACUUGGCCUCAGUAUUGGGGUGCCACCACUGGCUUCGACAACCGCGUGCGGGGCUGCUCUCAGCGCUACAGGGCCAGUCCCGAGGAGUUCAAAACCGGCCUCCUCGAGUCCUUCCGCAACAUGAGCCACACUCCGAACCGUCGCAUCAACGAGAAUCUCUACUUCAUCGCCGCCUGGAACGAGUGGAACGAGCAGGGUGUACCUUGGACUGGCAUGUCAGAUCCCUGA